GCGAUGUGGGUCAGCACGACCGCGCGUUCCACUGCGAUUGAGAUCCUGACGUGAGGCGGCCCUGGACUCGCCACGUCAUCGAUCACGAGGGGAAUACCCGUGAGCUCGGCCAUAGCAUCCACGCGCAGCUUUCACCGAAGCUUUGGAUUGACUGUGGCCAUCACUUGAUGCAGAGGAACUCUCCUGGUUAGUUCCACUUUCUGUGUGUGUGUGUGUGUGUGUGUGUGUGUGUGCGCGCGCGUGUUUGCGUGUGUCCUUGCGGUUAUGGCAUCGGCGAUCGGAGUGGUAUUUGGGUGAAGGCAAGCAAAGCUGCGCCGCGUGUGACGAUUGGCAGAGGGAGGAGGAAGGGAAUGAGUGAGCGACGCGCUGCUUGUGACGAGCGCAUUUUAAUUGGGGAGAGAGAGAGAGAGAGAGAGAGAGAGAGAGAGAGAGAGAGAGAGAGAGAGAGAGAGGAGGCGAUGAAAGUGCGCCACUUGUGACGACAUCAUUGAGGGAAAGGGAAGUGUAGGCGAUUAAAGCGCGCCAUCGUGGGGAUCAUAUUUACGGAGCAGGCACUGGAGAGGAUCAAAGCGUGCUGCGCCACGUGUUAGCAGUAGGACCAGCUUGCAGCUACUGUGUUUGUUUUUUGUUGGCGACAGCGCUGCGGCGGGGUAUGGACGAUAUAACUGGUUUAUGGGGGGGGACGGAAGAGGAAACCUUCGCAGAUUUGAUCCGACGGCUGGCCUGGAGUGCAGGCAGUAUCCGCAGAUCGGGCAGGUCGCCCAGGCUGCUCCCCUCUAGGGUUUUACUUGCCGCCGCCGCCGCGGCGUCUGUCAGCAAGUCCCGAGGAACCUCUUUGCCGCCCAAUCCGCGAGCCGGCAGGAAACUAAUCUCCCCUGCCAAGCCCUCCUCCUCCUCCUCCUCCUCCUCCUCCUCCUCCUCUUCCACUUCCUCCCCCUCCUCCACCAUCAUCUUUCGUCGCGGUGUCUCCGCCUCCGCCGCCUCCGCCUCCGCCGCCUCCCCCGCCGAUCAACGGCGCAAUAGCCGCCACGUCACCGACGAUCUGGAUGGCGAUGUCGAAGUCAAAGCUGAAGAAGACGGCGUCGUUGACUUAUCUCGCCGUGACUGGUCUGAUAUGGUCCACGAGGCUCUCGUGCACGCCUUUCGCUUCCUCCCCGUAGUUGAUAGGUUCCGCGUCGGCCUUGUUUGCAAGGCCUGGCAUCGUGCGUCGUACGAUCCGUGUUGUUGGACGGAGGCGAUCCUUGAUGAUGUCCUUCACGAUGAUGAGAUCCUUCACGACGAUGACAGGUUGCAUUACUCUGUUGCUUGUCAGGCCAACAACAUGGUGCUAGUGAGGAGCGUCAUGACCCGCAGUAAAGGGAAACUCACUAAGUUAUCUGUCGUUAAUUGCCCCGGUGAGUGCUUGGAGUUGAUUGGCCGCCAGUGUCCUCUUCUGGAGGAUCUCCGAUUCGCGAACACGGAGAUCGUCCCUAGCUUUCCGCCCGUUGAGACGUUUGUGGAGGGAUGCCAGCGGCUUCGGACACUAGACCUCAGGAACACGAGAGUUGAAGGGUUCUCGAUCGGCCACGUGGUGGAGACUGUAGCGCCGCGAUCCCGACAGUUGGUCUCGUUGAUGCUCGAUGGGACCACCUUCGGUGACGAAGAGGUGGAGAUCGUGACCGACCACCUCUCCCAUCUAGAGCUGCUGGGAUUGGAAGGAGGAGAGAUUACCGAUGGGAGUUUAGAGAUGAUUGGCAAGAAGCUCACGUGCCUGCGAGUCCUGAGAGUGGAUCGCUGCCGCUCGAUAACGACGGAGGCGGUGGAGGCACUGCGCGCCAAGCGGAAAGAUUUCGAAGUCUCCGCCGUAGAUAUCGGUGAAGGCGGGGAUGGAAGUAGAGGGUCGGGCGAUGAAGAAGAUGAAGAGGAUGAGGAUGAUGAGGAGGAUGGCGACAACGACGAGGACGACGACGAAGACGACGAAGACAUUAACUACUCCUCUCAACGGGACCUUCAUCACUUCGUGCACUAUUACCCUAAUCCUUCUUUCCAUGCUGAUUAUUUUCUGCCCGAUGACGAAGUCGAUGAGGAAGACAACUUUUUCGUAUGACAGGAAGUUUAGAUGAUAUUGUUGGCAGCAGUGCUGGCGCCCACGAGUCACUUUCAGGAAAAGCAGAGAUUUUUUCUUACUCAAUUUGUUUUUUUCGCAAAAGGAAGCAGAGAAAUUUGGUUCUGCUGUACAAUAUGAGAGGUUUCUGCCGGUGUCUUUCUUGAUUGGGUGAAGUGGAGAAGAGGUAGGUGGUGGCUCUGCGGCUCUCUCCUUGAAUUGGGUGUAGGGGGGAGGGAUGGUGACUAUAUGUCGUUAUCCUCUCUGCUGCGUCCGAUCCUCCGUCCCUCGUGGAAACUGGUCCGAGUCCACGUCCUGUUCUUUGUUUGUCUCUCAGCUGUGAGCUUGCACGCCGUACUGAAACAC